AUGGUUCAGUCCAAUGUGGACAGUCGCACAAGAACACGCAGAUAAGAGCAAGCACCGUUGGUUGAAUCGUAUCUGAACAGCAACAGCAGCACCAUAUAUCAUGGGAUUGAUGGCCCAGCUGCUUUUCAAGAUGAUGUUCAGAAGAUAGGAAGUCAAGUGCAGAUUCUCACUGUUGGACAGUCUAGCCAUGAUGAAGAUGAUGGAGAGAAAAUGGCUAGUGGCCAGCAACAGCAAAGCAAACAAGAUCUUAGAACAGCAAUGCAGAAAAAAGAUCCCCAUGCAAAUACAUCCUGGUCCUCUUCCACCUCCCAAUCCAGUCUUGUCGCCCUGGAUCAUGUUCCUGGCAUUUCAAGCAGCAUGAAUUUUGAUGAGGAAGAGGAUGAGGAAGAUGAAGACAGCUCCAGUUCUUCACAGUUAAACAGUAACACCCGUCCUGGUUCUGCCACAAGCAAGAAAUCCAAUAAGGAAACGGCCUCAGCCCCAAGUCCUUCCACAAAUGAGCCUCUCGUAGAUGUUGAUGACCUGGAGGAAUUUUCUGUAAGACCUGCUCCACAGGGUGUCACCGUCAAAUGCAGAAUCACAAGAGACAAGAAGGGAAUGGACCGAGGGAUGUACCCUACUUAUUACCUCCACUUGGAAAGGGAGCAUGGUAAAAAGGUGUUUCUGUUAGCUGGAAGGAAACGAAAGAAGAGUAAAACCUCUAAUUACCUCAUCUCCAUAGACCCAACUGACCUGUCUCGGGGUGGAGAGAGUUUUAUUGGAAAACUGAGAUCAAAUCUUAUGGGAACUAAGUUUACAGUUUAUGACAAUGGAGUAAAUCCAAUGAAAACAACAUCAAGCCUGGAGGCGAGUAUCCUGCGUCAGGAGCUAGCUGCUAUUUGUUACGAAACAAAUGUCUUGGGGUUUAAAGGACCUCGUAAAAUGAGUGUGAUCAUACCAGGAAUGAAUAUGGACCACGAAAGAGUUUCCAUUAGGCCACGAAAUGAACACGAGACACUUCUUGCAAGAUGGCAGAACAAAAAUACAGAGAGCGUCAUUGAGCUGCAUAACAAAACACCAGUCUGGAACGAUGACACCCAGUCCUAUGUUUUAAAUUUCCAUGGCCGAGUCACGCAGGCCUCAGUGAAAAACUUCCAAAUUAUUCAUGAUAAUGAUCCUGACUAUAUAGUGAUGCAGUUUGGCCGCGUGGCUGAGGAUGUGUUCACCAUGGACUACAACUACCCAAUGUGCGCACUACAAGCCUUUGCUAUUGCCCUUUCAAGUUUUGACAGCAAGCUGGCUUGUGAGUAAAGGGGCAUGGGUGAGCGUCCUCUCAAAG